AUGAAUUUUUUAUAAGCUAAGAAUUUAUUCUAAAAAUAAUUAGCUGAGUAUUUGAAUGAAACAUCUUUAAAAAAAAUCAAGGAUUACUCAGAUGUUAAAAAGAACAAAAAACCAUCUCUUCCAAUCAUCCAAGCUUUCAAAUAAACUCCAGAAAUAUUUUCAUUACAAACAUAAGAUGAAGUAGAAAUUAAUUUAGAUGACUUCAAAUUUGAACCUUAAAAUAAACAAAAAACUUGGCAAACUUAAUUGAUAGAGGCAAAAAUGAAGGAAUAACCCAUUUAUCAUUAAAUAUAUGGAUAUUGUCUAGUUUAGUCUAAAUUCGAUUUACUUAUGGAAAGAUUAUAACUUUUGAGAAAAUCUUUAUUUAAAAAGAAAAUGCCUAUAGAUAACAUAUAGAAGAUAGAAGAAUUUAUACCAUUCUAUAUUCUUAGAAGAAUGGCUAUGUAAUUACCAACAGAUAUUUAUGAUAUGAUUGCUAUAAUUUAAGAUAGGUCUAUUGCUGAAGCAUUUUUGAAGGAAAUUAAAUACUUUUUAAAAUAAGUACUAAUUUAAAAAUUAUCUUAGUAAAACAUAGAUAAAAAUGUGAUCUUUUAUCAUCCAAAAAUGUAUGAAUAAAACAAUGAUAAAUUAGAAUAGUUACUGAAUGAAUUUAUUGAUUUAGAUAAAGAAAGAUCAAGUGGAUAUGAUCAAUAAAUAAAACUUCUUCCUUCUAAAUAAUUAAAAUGCUGA